CUUGGGGAAGGAGGAAGAGCUUUUAUUUUUUUAAAUAGCUAAAACACGGAAGAUGCAUUGGCGGUCAUCAACAGGAUCUUUUGGGUUUGGUAACAAGUCCUUACCUUAUUGUACUAGAAAAGCCACAGAAAAAGCUUACAGAGCAUGCUUGAUCAUAUGACUGUUUAGGUUUUAUAAUCUUGUUUUGAUCUUAGUGACAGGCCAAAAGAGAUCCAUUGAGGCACUACGGCUAAGAUUUAAACUGGGUCACUGUGUAUUGUGCAGAGUUAUAAAGUGUGAUGAUGUUUAUCCAUAUCUUGCUGGAGUCCUAGAUGCACAUAGGUCAAAGGUGGCAUUUGAAAGAUAUUAGAGCCAAAGAAAGUGUCAUCUUAAUCCCUUGUAUUUUGAUUAGGACUGACUCUAGUUGGUUUGAGUUCUAAGAUUCAGAGAAUCUCUGAAUCGGCAUGUGUGAUUCAGCGAUUAAAGACACUGUUCCUCAAGUCCUUUGUUGACUUACAUUACAUCAUGAAGAUUUAAGAAUCUUCCAAGAAGUAGCAGCAAUAUGUUAUUGGCUCCAGAUUUUAUUUUAUACUAUCCCGGUAAGUCCUAGAUUGAUGUUCUACCCACCAAACUUUACUCUAAGGGUCGCUGUGCUCCAAGUGUUACAGGGCAUUAAGGGCGUUACAGGUCAUCUACAAAGGUUGAAAAUGUCCGUCAACUGGCCACAACCAGCAGUAUGCCGCUCUAUAAUGUUCCAAAAUCUAGCUUUAGCACCAUCUGCUGGGGAAAACGCCCAAACCAACAAAUGGAAGGAGGAGCCUAUGGGCUAAGGCUUGGUAUGAACAGGAAUUUGAUUCUGUCAGGUGAGAAGUCAGAAGGAACGAGUAACAUAUUUGCCGUAACAUUGUUCUUCUCGUUUAGCCUGUUUGUACAUUCCUGUCGUGAAUUUUUGUAUCAGUCUUUCAACUCACAAUUUCAGUGUAAUGUAUGAAAAUAUUUAGAUGUAUGGUAUUUGACCGUGGGCUACAUUGCCUGAACCCUAAAAAAUGAAAAGGAGACUAACAUAACUGCUUUCUGUAGUUACAUAAAAACAUGGGCAUCAGCAAAAAUGAUUAAAAAUACUUUCUUCUGAAUGGACUUUAAUGAGUGAUUACGCAUGGCACGUUUCGUGGCAGGUCAAUUCGUUUUAUUUCCACAGAUUGGGCCAUACUGUUUAUAAACGCCAUAGUCUGCAUGCUUAAUGCAGGCUUUUCUGACUUUUAAAAACAUAGUUUAAAAUCUUUUCAGUUGUAGCUUUUUUUUCACAUGGAGCUUUUGGUCAGUCUCUUGACAGCAUCAAAGACCUAAGGCAACUGUAUGCAGCUCCUUGAAUGUGAUGUGAAGUCACAUUCCAUAACAUGAUAGAACAGGUCAACUGUGAGCCUGAAAACAGGUAUAAAACCUCACAGAAGCAAUGGCUUCACCAAUUCACCAAUUUAAUAUGCUCUGCUCUGUUUACUUCCAGUAGUGAAGUAAUUGACAGAUUGAGGCAGCGUUCUCCGUGCCUGUGUUUUCCCCUCACUGCCCCUGACAUAAAAAUAUCAUGACAGUGACACGUGGAAUUUUUCAUCACCUUGCCCCGGGGUGCCAAGCACUGUUCGCAUGUCUCUUCCACUCCUGUACACACCUUCUCUCUGUCACUCAGAUUCUCUCCCUCUCCAUUAGAGUCCUUCCUGUUCAGACGAAGCCUGCUGGGUUCUUUAGUUGUCUGUUUGGGAGAGAAAAGCUGUGUGAUACAGUGUCGAACAAAGCAAGACCUUGUAGAAAAGUCCAGGGCUGGGCAGUGUAGAGCUCUCCCAUGGCCUACUCCCAGUGCACUGAUGCCGGGCCCUACACCGUGGUCAUCAUCCCACUCCGGAGCAGCCUUUCCAGCCUCGACGCCCUGCGCUUCUACCUAUGGAUUAAGAGGCUGAAAGACCUGGAGAGGGAGAAGGACUGCCUCUGGGCCGGCCUACACGUUCUAGAGCAGGCCCGUCUAUGGUACCAACAUAGACUGAAAAACAACAAAGCCAGGCAGGCUGACAUAGGGACAAGGGCUGUCAAUAGAGCAGAGGACUGGGAAGAAGAAACUUUGGCAGGAGAGGGGGCUUCAUCAUGCCUCCUGAGGUCUCGGAUCCACAAGGUAAAUGGAUCUCUGGGUAGUCUGAUCAGUGAGCCCAAUGUGACCCGCCGACCCUCUUUUACAGAGUGGACAGGGGCCGAAUUAUCAGACAGUGGCAAGCUAUGUUGGCAGAACACAGUACUGGCACAGGAGGUAUGUCAGAAGAAUCUUCAGAUCUCAUUGUUGGAGUUGGAGAGGGACAGACUACUGCAAGAGCUGAGUGUGCAUCUGGAUGUAGAAUGUAGUAAGGAUCCUGACUGAAUCCUUUUCCAGAAGUUUGUACACCACUAUCAGACAUAUUCCAAUACUAUCACAUUCACAAAAGUGCAUAAAGUGGACUGUACUUGUUGGACAAAAGGGAUUCCAUCCAGAGUCAUGAUUUCAUUGUCUUUUAUCAAUGUAAAAUAAUCACUGUAUAUUCAAGAUACUGUAUGUAAAAAGAAAUACAGAAAGUUUAAUAUUGUCUUGUCCUGUGGAACGGUUUGCUAAACAGACAAUCAGAUUUGUAGGGAUCCUUGAAGUUGCUUUAAUUUACCUCAGGCUUGUCUAAAUAACAAAACCGUCAUGUUUGGUCAUAGCCUAAAAAUUGCUAUAAUUAAUGUACCGCUUGUGAAACACAGACAGAAUAUCCCCAGAAGGGGGUAGUAGAAACUAAGCUAUAGGGAAAGGUGAGUAAACUCAAAAUAGAAAUCUUAAAAAAGAGCAUUGUGGCUGGAUAUAUUUUUCCUGUUUCACACACAUACACGUUCACAAAGCCCAAUUCUAAUAUAUCUUCUCACGAUAUGCCAUUUUAACAAUCACUUCAGAUCUUCUGAGAUCAGAUGGUUUUAACAGGAGCACUUGCCUCGUGUAAAGCUUAAGACAGGCCCUUACAGUGUUUCUGUAAUUAUGCAGAUUGAAACAAAUUUAAGAUAUUCUACAGUUUAGAAUGCUACCUAAACAUUUGCAAAACAGCACCUAAAUCUCUUUUGAUGUGAAUAGAGGAGGUUCAGGACGCGUGUAAGACCACGGUAGAAUGGAGGGUUGUAAUGCAAAAUAAUUUUAAAAGGCCGUCUCCACGACAUGGCGGUCUGGUAUGCCGACUCCUCCUGCAUUCGAUUUUUCCCAGCAGUAGCCCAGUGCACGGCCAACACCCGGAAUCAUCCUCACCAUUCAUCUGUGUUCACAUUUCCUUCCCAGCUGAGGUUUCUGUCGAAACAUGUUACUGUUCCUCCGCUGGUGGUCCCAAACAGAUGUUACCUUGGCCGAUAAGACUUAUCUGGCCUCCUUAUCAGUGACACAUGGCUAGCUUGUAUGCACGCACACACACACACUCAAAGCCAAAGACAGAGCCUCAUGAGUUUCUUUCCCUGCAAAGUAAGAAGACAGACAUGCCCUUAAAUCUGUCUAAAUCCACAACACUUUCACAUUAAAUGUAUGUUCCCCACAGUGCAGGGGCAAAAAUCUGAUAUCAACUUUAGAGGGGACAAUUACAUCAAAUCUUCUGAAGAACCAUUCUUAAGGAGCACCAAAAGUAGUGCUGUAAACAUAUAACUUUUUUAGUUUGUGCCAUCGGUUUGCCCGCUACUGUAGCUGUGCAAAUUCAGCUAUUGUGUGUGAAGGCUUGAUACUGUCCACCCUUGCUGUCUUGCCAUGUGGGCU